CCCAAUUUCAUUCAAUCAUCCAUUCGCCUCCUAAACCAAAAGAAAAUUGAACGAAAGGCAAAAAAAGACGACGCUUAAACAACAAACGACAAAACAACUUUUUCCGUAUAACCCAACUACCUCUUCUCUCUCUUUUUUAUGGUAUCUCCCUUUUUCCUUUUUCUCUUUUUCCAACCUCGCUAUUUAACGCUUCCUCCCUCCUUCUUCCGUUCAAAUAUCCCCGAGGGGAUAACGGUGAUGAUACGUAUGCAAUUUAGACAUGCAGAAAGACGACGGAAAUAUGGACUAAAUGGAGUGGAGAGGAGAUGGUACAUGCAAAAUAUAUCGUAUCGGUACUAAGAUAAGGGGAAAUGAGAGCAUGCGUGAUGAUGAUGGGGUCGUUGAUGUCGUUAUGCGUUGGAUGGAUAUCUUGGUCCUUGUGUUCCCUGCUGCUGCUUCUUUUUCCUUCGUCUUGUUCGUUUUAUUUUUCGUUUUGAGUUGGGAUGUCAAUGUAUUGUUGAUAUGCUGGGAGGUUAGUGGGACGGCAGGGAGAUGAGAUGGUAGGUUGGUGAGUGGGUGGAUAUCCGGUCCGACGUGCUUUGAAUGGGUAUGCAAGAGUAGUCUCCGCCA